AUGCUGUUGCUUUUUUUGCUGAUCGGUCUCUCAUAUGGAGUGCCGCUAGAUGAGAAAUGUGGUUAUGAAAGUUGCGUUUCAGCGGAGGCCGGUCUAUUGAAUGUACACAUAGUGCCUCACACACACGAUGACGUCGGCUGGCUCAAGACCGUGGAUCAGUACUACUAUGGAAGUAAGAACGACAUUCAGAAAGCCGGCGUCCAAUAUAUCUUGGACUCUGUCAUCAAAGAACUAUGGCAGGAUCCUAAACGAAGGUUUAUAUACGUAGAGACAGCUUUCUUCUGGAAGUGGUGGUCCCUUCAGAGUGACGUCACACGACACAAGGUGCACACACUGGUGCGACAAGGACGGCUACAGUUUGUGGGCGGAGCGUGGAGCAUGAAUGAUGAAGCUGCCUCCCACUACCAGAGCACCAUCGACCAGUUUACUUGGGGCCUUAAGAAGUUGAAUGAUACGUUCGGCGCGUGUGGAAUCCCGCGUGUGGGGUGGCAGAUUGAUCCGUUCGGCCACUCCAGGGAAUUCGCGUCCCUUCUAUCCCAAAUGGGAUACGACGGCUUAUUCCUGGGACGGAUAGACUACCAGGAUAAAGGAGCUCGACUAAGAGGCAAGCGGAUGGAAAUGCUGUGGAGGGGAGACGACCAAUUGGGUAAUUCGUCGGAUAUAUUCACGGGCGUUCUAUUCAACACGUACUCGCCGCCCGCCGGGUUCUGUUUCGACGUGCUCUGUAACGACGAGCCGAUUAUCGACGAUGUAAACUCACCCUUAUAUAACGUAGAGGACAGGAUAAACAAGUUUCUCAAAUACGUUAAGCAACAAUCCGAGUACUACAGAACGAAUCACAUAAUACUGACUAUGGGCGGCGACUUUACUUACCAGGACGCUGGCAUGUGGUACAUCAACCUCGAUAAGUUGAUUGAAUAUACAAACCUAAAAGCCGCUAAGGAUGGAUUAAAUAUUAAGUUGUUUUACUCCACACCCGAUUGUUAUUUGAAAGCUGUUAAAGAUGCAAACCCAACACUACCUACAAAACGAGACGAUUUCUUUCCUUACGCGAGCGACCCCACCGCUUACUGGACAGGGUACUUCACGUCGCGACCGACUACCAAAUAUUUUGAGAGACUCGGAAAUAGAUACUUACAGAUGGUGAAAAAUCUCCAAGUUUUGGCCGGUUUAGAAGAACACAAUAAGUUUGUUAUAGACGAGCUGAAGAGUGCCAUGGGUGUGAUGCAGCAUCAUGAUGCCAUAACAGGCACGGAGAAGCAACACGUGGCUCACGACUACGAGAGAUUACUAGACCUGGCUAUAGAAGACGCGCUGAUAGUAGCCAGGCAGGGAAUCAGUAAAUUAUCUAAAUCUGAAUCAUAUCAAUUCAACUAUGAAAGAUGUCGCCUGAACGAGUCGAGCUGCGCCACCAGUGAGGAGAGUCAACAGUUUGUGGUGUCUAUAUAUAAUCCCCUCGGCUGGAACACUCUCGAACCGAUCCACAUACCAGUUAUGGAAGGAGAGUAUGAAGUUUACGCUCCCAAUGGAGAGAAAAUAACAUCACAGUUACUAGACAUACCGGACCCAGUAAGGAAAAUACCGACACGAAAAUCUCGAGCCACACACGAACUAACUUUCAUAGCAAAACUACACCCGCUAUCAAUAAAAUCGUUCUACAUUAAGAAGGUGCAACGAACAAAACGAGGAACAGAUUACAGGAAUAUAAAUAAUUACUGGAAUAAUAUUGGCCCGUAUAUAGUGGAGAAUAAUGACUAUGUAGAUAAUAUUGGUGCUGAUAGAAUUGGUGUGCCUUCUUAUAUGAGCGGACCGGAUAGUAAUGUUAACUUGGACUUGAUGAUGGAGAAGAAUUUGAAUGUGGAGAAGAGAGUUAAAGUACCGAGGAACAUGGAGAAGAUGAGACAUCCGGGUUUAACUGAUGAAGAAUACAGACUGCUGGCGGACGAACCGAGUAUAGUACAGAGAAGCGAAGAAUAUUAUUUGGAGAAUGAGUUCCUGAAGCUACGUUCUGAUGAUACAGGCGUCACUCAUAUUAUUUUACCAGAUAGAACUACCAAUAUGAAAAUACAAUUCCAUUACUGGACCGGAUGUUCCGGUGACAAUACCAACAUAACCGAACGGUCUUCCGGCGCGUAUAUCUUCAGACCGGAAACGGAUAAACCGUAUCCGGUUAUAUAUAACACUAAUAAGAUAGUUAAAGGAGAAAUAGUUCAAGAAAUUCGCGCGGAGUCUGAGACCGCGUCUAGUGUAUUUAGAGUGUACAGCGGUCUUCCGUAUAUAGAGCACGACUUUAUUGUCGGACCGAUUCCCGUGGACGAUAAAAUCGGCAAAGAAUACGUCGUACGGUACGACACUAAUGUCGUCAACGACGGAAUAUUUUACACCGAUAGUAACGGACGACAAAUUCUUAAGAGAAAGUUAAACGAACGGCCGCAGUGGAAUCUGACGUUAGUGGAACCUAUAGCUGGGAAUUAUUAUCCCGUGACGAGCAAAAUGUAUUUAGAAGAUGAUCAUACUAGGAUUACUGUAUUGGUGGAUAGGUCUGAAGGGGGCAGCUCACUAAUAGAAGGGGGGAUAGAACUUAUGGUACAUAGAAGACUAUUACAUGAUGACGCAUUCGGCGUAGGUGAAGCGUUAAACGAAAUAGCUGAAGGAAAAGGAUUAGUUGUUAGAGGAAAACACAGGAUUUUAAACAUAAAUCCUAAUAAUGAAAAGGAAAUUGUGAGCGAAAUGAAGUAUGCUCUACAAACGCACUACGAGCCGAUUAUUUUUGUAUCGAAGGCAGAGCAUAUAUCAUUCGAGAGCUGGUUGAAAUUGAAUAACUGCUUCAAAGGUAUGAAGGAACUACCAGAUGGAGUCCAUCUCCUUACUCUUGAGACCUGGAGGGAUAAAAUACUUAUAAGAUUCGAGAAUUAUAUAGAUAGGGCUGUGCAAGUCGACUUUAAUACCUUCAAUACAAUCACGAUUAAAUCAGUGAAAGAGACAACCCUAGCGGCUAACCAAUGGUUGGAGAAUUAUACCAAAUGGAAUUGGAAUGUAGAAAGCGAAUUCCAGAAUUCCAAUUCCGAAACAAAUCCGAUUCCAGACUAUUUGAAAGAUCUCAAAUUUACACUGAGAGCUAAACAAAUAAGGACUUUUAUAGCUGAUUAUGAAUUAAAUGCGGAAUAA